GUGAGUGGGGUUUGGGAAUCAGAAAGAAGAAGAAGAAGAAGAUAGAGAUUAUAAUUUCUUCUUCCUUCCAAUUUCCAACAACUCUAAUCGGAAAAUCCAAGAAACAACCGACACAUAUUUUCAUAUUUUAUUUACAUUUUUUUAAAAUUUUAAACUUUUUUUACUGGAUAUUUAAUCAUCACUCUUGACUUGGGAGGUCGUUGAAGUGAAGGGAUCAGAUUGGAAACUUGAAGUAAAGAAGGAAAAAAAUGUAUGGAGAUUGUCAAGUAAUGUCAAAUAUGGGAGGAAAUGUGGUUUCUUCAGAAACUCUUUUUUCAUCAAACCCUAAUUUCAACUUCAUUCCUAACAUGUCGUUUCAUUCCUUCCCGACCAUUCUUCCUAAGGAAGAAAAUGAAUUAAUGGUUCGUGGGAAAGAAGAAAUGGAAAGUGGGUCGGGAAGUGAACAACUUGAAGAAAAAUCUGGUAAUGAACAAGAAAUCAGCACUCAGCAACCUCCUAAGAAGAAACGGUACCAUCGUCACACUGCUCGUCAGAUCCAAGAAAUGGAAUCCUUGUUUAAGGAGUGUCCACACCCAGAUGACAAACAAAGGAUGAAACUGAGUCAUGAACUCGGUUUAAAACCUCGACAGGUUAAGUUCUGGUUUCAAAACCGGCGUACACAAAUGAAGGCACAGCAAGAUCGGUCUGAAAAUAUUAUACUUAGGGCAGAAAAUGACUCGUUAAAGAAUGAUAAUUAUCGGCUACAAGCAGAAUUGCGGACUCUGAUUUGCCCUAAUUGUGGAGGGCCAGCUAUGCUUGGUGGGAUUUCCUUUGAGGAUCUUCGCCUGGAAAAUGCCAGACUUCGAGAUGAGUUACAACGUGUUUGUUGCAUUGCAUCGCGCUAUAGUGGGCGCCCAAUUCAGUCCAUCGGACUUGCUCCGUCGCUUCUUCCGCCUUCACUGGAGUUGGACAUGAGUAUAUACUCCAGGCAGUUUCCUGAUCCAUUAGGCUCUUGCACCGACAUGAUCCCCAUGCCUAUGCUCAUGUUGCCGGAACCUUCUUCCUAUAAUACUGAGUCUGGUCUCGUCUUAACGGAGGAAGAAAAAGGUGUUGCAUUGGAGUUUGCAUUGUCGUCCAUGGAUGAGCUUGUGAAGAUGUGCCACACAAAUGAACCUCUUUGGAUUAGAAACAACAACAAUGGAAGAGAAGUAUUUAAUGUGGAAGAGUAUGGUAGAAUGUUUCCGUGGCCUCUGAAUAUGAAGCAGCAAAACUGUGGUGAGUUAAGGUCUGAAGCUACGAGAGAUAGUGCUGUGGUUAUAAUGAAUAGCAUCACUCUCAUUGAUGCUUUUCUUGAUCCCAACAAAUGGAUGGAGCUGUUUCCAUCAAUCGUAGCUAAAGCAAGAACAGUUCAAGUUUUAGCACAAGGCGUUUCUGGCCCUAGUGGUUCUCUUCAGCUGAUGUAUGCAGAACUACAAGCUCUGUCACCAUUGGUGCCAACUCGAGAGGCGUAUUUUCUCCGGUAUUGCCAACAAAAUGUAGAGGAAGGAAUUUGGGGAAUUGUUGAUUUCCCAGUCGAUAGCUUCGACAACAAAAUUGAGGCCCCUUUUCCUUUAUACAGGAGAAAGCCCUCUGGUUGUGUUAUUCAAGAUAUGCCUAAUGGAUACUCAAGGGUGAUCUGGGUAGAACAUGCAGAGAUUGAGGAGAAGCCUGUGCAUCAGAUAUUCAGUCAUUUUGUGUACAGUGGCAUGGCAUUUGGAGCUCAUCGCUGGCUCGGAGUAUUACAACGACAGUGCGAGAGAGUUGCCAGUCUUAUGGCCAGAAAUAUAUCUGAUCUGGGAGUAAUUCCAUCUCCUGAAGCAAGGAAGAAUCUGAUGAGACUGUCACAAAGAAUGAUGAGAACAUUCUGUAUGAACAUCAGCAGCUGUGGUGGGCAGUCAUGGACAGCUUUAUCGGACUCUUGUGAUGACACAGUAAGAAUUACGACAAGGAAGAUGACUGAGUCAGGGCAACCGAGUGGAGUGAUUCUGAGUGCAGUGUCCACAACUUGGCUGCCUUAUUCUCAUCGCCAAGUGUUUGAUACGCUGAGAGAUGAAGAGUGUAGAUCUCAGCUUGAUGUUAUUUCUAAUGGGAAUCCGUUGCAUGAGGUAGCUCACAUUGCCAAUGGCUCUCAUCCUGGAAACUGCAUUUCUCUCCUUCGCAUCAAUGUUGCAAGCAACUCAUCGCAGCACAUAGAGCUGAUGCUGCAAGAGAGUUGCACAGACCAAUCCGGCAGUCACAUUAUAUACACAACCGUCAAUGUCGAUUCAAUUCAGCUGGCGAUGAGCGGCGAGGACCCAUCGUGCAUUCCUCUUCUUCCUCUAGGAUUCGUCAUCAACGAAACAUCCGGAAUUGAUUCCGUGCAAGAAAAUGGUAUCGAUCAUACUACUACUACUACUUCAGGCUGCCUCCUUACUAUAAUGCUGCAGGUUCUGGCAAGCACCGUACCCUCAGCAAAGCUUAAUCUGUCGACUGUGAAUGCCAUUAAUAACCAUUUGCGGUCUACAGUGCACCAGAUUACUGCAGCUCUUAAUGGUUCGUCGCAAAAUUCGAAUGCUCUUGAAGUAGCCUCAUUCCCUGAGGCUACUGCUGCUGCAUCGGAGCCAUAGUUGUGAACCGUGUACUCUAAGUAAACUUAAGAAACUAAAAUGAAAUGUGAAGGUAAUAUGGAUAGAGGGAGUCAAGAGCGCACCAAAGAUUAGUAUUUGGUUCGGGUAUUGACUUCUUUUUGUCUG